GACCAGCCGCUCGUGUCCAUCAAGAUGGGCACCACCCUCAAGCCCAACGAGAUCAAAGAGGGCGACGACGUGUACUUCGAGUGCGAGGUCAAGGCCAACCCCAAGGUGUACCGGCUCGUCUGGUACCACGAUGGCGCGGAGAUCAGCCACAACCAGUCGGCCGGCGUGAUCCUCAGCGACCGCAGCCUGGUGCUGCGCGGCAUCACCCGCGCCGCGGCCGGCAGCUACACGUGCCUCGCGGCCAACAGCCAGGGCAAGAGCGGCUCCAACGUGGUGCAGCUCAGCGUCAUGUACGCGCCCCGCUGCAAGGAGGACCGCGACCAGCUGCUGGGCGCAGUGAAGGGCGAGCGCAUCACGCUGCACUGCGAGCUGGACGCCAACCCGUCGCAGGUGUCGUACCACUGGACCUUCAACCACUCGGGCUCGCUGCCGGACAACGUGCGCCAGCACCAAGGCCCCGGCGCGGGCGCGUCCAGCCCCGUGCUCUUCUACACGCCCACCGUGGACCAGGACUACGGCACGCUGGCGUGCUACGGCACCAACCAGGUCGGGCGGCAGACGCGGCCCUGCGUCUUUCAGAUCGCGGCCGCCGUCCGGCCCUUCUGCCCUGCCAACUGCACGCUGUCCAACGUGACGCACGCCGGCUUCCUCCGCAUCGAGUGCGUCGAGGGCUUCGACGGCGGCCUCCCCCAGUGGUUCCUGCUGCAGAUGGUGGAGCUGCCCGGCAUGCAAGUGCGGCACAACGUGACGCUGCACAAGGGCCCGCCCGUGUUCGAGUUGUCGUGGGCGCCGGCCUCGGGGGUCUCGUACCAGGCCCGGGUGUACGCCGUCAACAACAAGGGCCUGUCGGACGCCGUCAUCAUUGAAGACGCCCUCCUCAGCGGCAUCAGCCCCGUCACCGGCCCCGUGGUGAGCCAGGCGCUGAGCCCCGUGCUCAUGGUGCUCGUGGCCAUCAGCGGGUCGCUGCUGCUCAUCGGGCUGUCGGCCGUGGUGGCGCUGUACGUGUGCCGCCGGCCGCCCGCCGCCGAGCUCAAGCACCAGCAGGCGGCCGGCGCGGGCGCGUCGCGCGGCGCCAACGGCUCCGGCCCCGAGGGGCGCAUGGUGCUCAUCGUCAGGUCCCCCUCGGGGGCCACCGGGCCCGUCAUCACCUCGGGGGCGCCGUCGCCCGAGGACACGGACCCGGACAUCAUCCCCAGCAAGCACGAACGGCGGCCGCUCCGGGGCUUCAUGAAGAUACACAGAACGCCACCGCAGAGGCGGAGGAGGAAGAGGACGGACGACGGCGGGGGCGAGGACGGCGACGAGGACGACAAGGAGGCAGAGGAGCCCCUCACGAACCACCGGGGCUCCACGCCCGUCCUCCACAGCACCCCGCCCAUGGCCGGCCACGGCCUGGGCCACCCCAUGGGCCACGCUGGUGGCCACCCACUGGGCCACGCAACGCUGCCGUUGGGGCCCAAGGACAAUCUACCUAUAAACAAUGUAUAUAUGCAGAACAGUUUUAGUCAUAGCAACAACUCGAUAGCGCACAAAGGGGUGACGGCCUGUUCGCCGCUGGGUUCAAUAGGCCCGCUCGGCCCCCUAGGCUCGCUCGGCCCCGUCCAUGCCAUGGAGAGGCUCAUGAUGAACGGCUCGACCAAGGUGACCCUGGCCCACAGCGAGCCCAUCACGACGUCGAACCGCAUCCAAGAGAGCUGCAUCUGAUGUGUGAUAUGGACACGCGUUGUGACAACCUUCCUUCGACUGGUUUACGCGCCUACAGAGAAGUGGGUACCAAAGUCUUCUUUGUAAGGCGUCUCGUUGUUAAGAUAAUUUUUCUGGUUAGAUCUAUAUUUGUCUUCGAGUACAUGUUGUGUGUAUUCCUGUGGCCUAACGUUAACGCUACUUACGGCAAAAAAGUUACCUUAAAAUUGUUGAAUAACCAAAUCUCUCGCCAAAGUGAGGAGCAGAAAUUUCUAACCGCAUAACAAAAUUAUUUCCUCCUUAAAUGAUUGUUUAAAUUCCUUUCUCAGAGUUGUUUAAAACUCUUUAAUGUAUUUUUUGCGCUCAAAGCCCAGUGAGUUAGUGACCUGAUGUGGUUAAUAUUUUUGUACAACCUUGCAGAAUGUAUAUUCUAUAGUCAAAAAUAUAACUAUGUCUCUAAUACUUUUCUGAGAGGUAUCCUGCACAAAACUGGUAUUCUUACCCGCCAAAUUACAUAGGGCAUCCUAUGUGACGUGCAAUACCUUAAUUUAAUUAGCCAGCGAAACUGUUUAGAAUGGGUAACUUCUGAAUUGCUGAUUGUUGCUAUGUUUAACAGCGUGAAGCUGGUUAAUGCAAUGUGAUAUAACGGUUGUAUACACAGGCAAAUGGCAUUGGCAUAUGGCAUUGACAUAUGGCAUUUGCACCCUUUAGAAACGAAAUGCUAAAAUUGCAGUUACCACUGAAAUGGUCUUUAAAUACAUUUUAUGGAUUCACAGAAAAGCUGAAGAACGCGUUGAUUUUAAUUAAUUUACCACAAAUAGCGUUAACUAUUUUGAGACUGAUUACUAUUGUACUAAUUGCCCUGUAAGUAAACCGCGCCAUUACCGAAUGUUAGACUUUUGCUUGAAUCAUUUGUGUUUCAGCUCAAUCUAUUCUACUGAGCAAAAAAUGUUAUUUCUACCUUCAACGUAAAUAGAAUAAGUUUCAUUUAUUUCCAUUGUCGUAGAAAGAAAUUUAUGUAUAAAAAAUUCAACCUCUUCUAGGUUCUGAAAUAUCCGUGUCAGAUGAGACACAUGGUCCUACUCCGUCAUCAUUAUGUUACCUGCAUAUUUUUUUGAAAUAUGUUAAAACUGUGAAAAUAAUGAAUGCAUGUGAAUGUGUAAAUGUGGCUGACUGAGAUUCUUCGCUUGUCACGCGUUUCGUUUUUCUAUAAUUAAUUGCCUAUGUAUUAAAGAGACAUAAUUGUGCUGAUUGCCAGAACUCUUCCUGUGUUUUACUGCACUUGUUGUUAAAAGUUUUGUAUUGUAAAUAAAAGACCAAAGAUAUAUAUUAUGUAAAAAGAUGCAGUCGUUUAUAAA